AAUAUUUUGAAUGAUGGAGGAGCCAAUUACUGACCCUCAGUCUGAACCAACAUCAGCUGAAGAGGUUGCAGAAAAUGAGGACUUAGCAACCGAGAUUUUUAAUCAUCUGUCUGCAACUUCUCUUGCUCCAUGUCUACGGGUAUCAAAAUUGUGGCUCUCAAUCAUCUCAAAUCAAAAAUUUAUCUCAAGGCACAACCUUCUUUAUCCUCCCUCUUUGUCUGGGCUGUAUUUGGUCCCUAGACAAACUGCUCAACAUCCUGAAAUUCAUUUUCUUUCAUUCAAGAAGAAUACAUUUGAGGUAACUCCAUUUGUUGCCUUUCUUAAUUCCAAAGGUUUCCAAAUCCUACAGUCUUGCAAUGGACUAUUGCUUUGUCAAUUUGGGCUGUCACGUUAUGUGUGCAAUCCCUCAUUAUUUAGAUUAAGAGUCCUUCCUCACUGUCCAUACAUGGAAAAAGAUUACACACUUGACUUGGCUUUUGAUCCCUUCAGUUCACCUGGUUACAAGGUUGUUUGUGUGCAAAAGCUAAGUAGUCCGCAGUUAUUUCACCAAAUUGCAAUCUAUUCAUCUGAAACUCGCCUAUGGAGUCUCUUUCAAGAGCCUGUUGUUGCACCUAACGAGUUAGACUUUAAUGACGGUGUCUUUUGCAAUGGUGCAAUUCAUUGGCUGAAGAGCAACUCUAGUGGAGCAUAUCUUGACUUGAAGACAGGAAUACUAAAAGAAAUGCCACAGCCUCCAAGGCAUGAGGAGUCAGAAUACAGAUUUAAAUACUUUGGGAAAUCCCAAGGGUGCCUACUGUAUGCUGUUUCGCGUGCUAUGCUAAAUGAAUAUGAGUUCUACCAGAUGAAGGAGGACUAUUCUGGAUGGGACUUGAAGAUUCAGGUUAACCCCACUGUGAUGAUUGCUAAAGUUCCAGCUAUGGCUAGGAACUUUUUGCGACAUCCUAUGUUCACACUGCUUGAAUGUGAUGUGCUGUACGUUAAUCUUGCAGGAAGGGAUGAAGGUGUGGAAAUAGUGUUUUCAGUUCCUGGUGAUGUCGUUAUUAGGAAUCUUAAGAUUAAAAAUUACCUAUUCAUUCAAGAUGAAAUUUUUGGGGCCUGUGAUGUAACCAUAUGGUACAAAAUGUAUUCAGUCUACGAACAUUUUGAGACGCUAUCUGUUAUUUGAUGCAGAGUAUGUCAGUAAAUCUGUGUUUCUCCUUUGUGAAGUCGGUUUUCCUGAUAUCUCUAUAUGAUUUUAUUUGCUAUGUACUUAUUUUGUUUAUACUUGUAUUUUUUUGUAUCAUUUUGUUUCUGGGAUAGACCAAUCUUAAGCUGAAUUUAUAUUCAUGAUACUGUUUCUUGUAAA